AUGCGUUACUCUAUCUCUACCUUCGUUACUUUGGCGGCUUCUGUCGCUGCCCUCGAGGUCACCUAUCCGACCGAGGGAGCCGACAUUAAUCUCAGCAAGGAUGUGACCAUCAAAUGGACCUCCGUCAGCUCCGAUCCUACUUCCUUUGCCAUCCAUCUGGUCAAUGAGAACACCUACCCGAACGUUGACGAUGUCGUCGCCAGCGAUGUUAACACUUCUGCCGGUUCAUACACCAUGAAGGGCAUCUCUGCCGCUGAUGGAUCCGGCUACCAGAUCAACCUGAUCUCGACCAGUUCCGAGAAUAGCGGCAUCCUCGCCCAGUCCGAGCAGUUCAACGUCACCGGCAGCUCGAGCUCUUCGACCACUGCCUCGACUUCCUCGAGCACUGCAUCCGGUAAGAGCUCCAGCACUGGUACCUCCACGUCCACUGCUGCUACUUCCUCUUCCGCCUCUGCUCCUAUCUCUACCUCCACCUCUGUCUCCGUCUCUACUGUCUCUGUCUCCGGUUCCAGCACUCUCGGUUAG